CUUGCGGUGUUUGGUGCCUUGCGCCGAAGUUUGGUGAAAUUUCUUCGCUGUUUGAAAGCCAGCGGCAGGUCCUCUGCGAUGUCUGUCAAACACAGCUGCUCAUUAUCCGACACGUUUUCAACCGGAUAAACCCGAGUCGGCGUUUGAAUCACUCCCCCCGCUGUGUUUGUGGAGGUAGACAAAUCAGUUGAUCGGAUCAGUCGGGACGGGGUUCGGUUUCUGUGGACUUCAAGAUUAUUUCUCGACUUGCUCCUUGUUUUGGGAGCUGUGUGAGCGUUUAGACGUGUAGCGAGCAGCCGGUGCAGCAAGCCGCCACACUGGACCGGGAGCAGAGGCUGGAGACGCACACGUGUUGUCCUCCGUCCUCCGGCUGCGGACGCAUCGAUCCUGCAGCGCUCUCUGGAUAAAAGUUGCUCUUUUCUGUUUGGGAUUUCUUUUAAAACGGGAAGAGAAGGAGGCAGACAGCAUGUCGCUGAGCAGAAGUAUUGAAUUUGAACACUUUGAGGAGCGGGAGAAGCCGCACAGGACACCGAGGACCAACUCGGUCUCCGGAUCCCAGUCAGGCUCCAGAGGCAACGGUCUGGUCCCCAGCCCGGCGCACAGUGCGCACUGUAGUUUUUACCGCACACGCACUCUCCAGUCUCUCACGUCCGAGAAAAAAGCCCGGAAAGUGCGUUUUUACCGCAAUGGAGACAAAUACUUUAAAGGCUUGGUGUAUGCUGUGUCGAACGACCGCUUCAGGUCUCUGGAUGCUCUGCUCAUGGAGCUCACGCGGUCCCUGUCCGACAACGUCAACCUUCCGCAAGGAGUCCGGACGUUAUACGCGUUGGAUGGAGGCAGGAAGAUCACCAGCCUGGAUGACUUAGUGGAGGGCGAGAGUUAUGUUUGUGCUUCAAAUGAGCCCUUCCGGCGGGUGGACUACACCAAAAACGUCAACCCCAACUGGUCAGUGGGCAGCAAGACCAGCACAUCGCGCUCUCUGUCCUCUCUCAUCCCGCUGAGGAGUGAGCUGCACCGUGAGUCCAAGGACUUCAUCAAGCCCAAGCUAGUCACAGUCAUCCGCAGCGGAGUCAAACCCCGCAAGGCAGUACGGAUACUGCUCAAUAAGAAGACGGCGCACUCCUUCGAGCAGGUGCUCACUGACAUCACGGAUGCGAUCAAGCUGGACUCUGGAGCUGUGAGGAGACUGUACACUUUGGAGGGCAAGCAGAUCACCUGCCUGCAGGACUUCUUCGGGGACGAUGACGUGUUCAUAGCGUGUGGACCAGAGAAAUACCGCUAUGCCCAGGACGACUUUGUGUUGGAUCACAGCGGUAAGGCUUCCACAGCCUUUAUGACUGAAUGCAGAGUGCUGAAGUCGUCCCACAGCCGCUCUGCUACUCCAAACCGGACAGCUAAGAGUCCCGGACCUUCACGGCGCAGCAAGUCUCCGGGUGCAGCAAGGCAAACUGUCCACUACUCGACCAGUCAGUCUCCAAUCAAAUCCCCAGUGAAUGGUGUCUCAGGCAGCCAGAUCUCAACUCCAAGGUCCACCAAGUCCUCCACUCCAUCUCCCACCAGCCCCAGACCCGUCCCCAGUUUUAAGGUCCCUCCAUCGCAAUACAUCUCUUCGCAAAAUGUAAAUGGCUCGUUGAACAACCACCAGGAGCAAACCAAUCGACUGAGUCCCGAGGCAGUAAAUGGUAACCGCUACCCGCCUGCCUCCACCAUCUUGGAAAAAUACAAGGUUGGCAAGGUCAUCGGAGACGGCAACUUCGCCGUGGUCAAAGAGUGUGUGGAGAGGUCCACAGGAAAAGAGUUUGCACUAAAGAUCAUCGACAAGGCCAAGUGCAGCGGAAAGGAGCACCUCAUCGAGAAUGAGGUCGCAGUGCUGCGGAAGGUGAAACACCCCAACAUCAUCAUGCUGAUAGAGGAGGUGGACACUUCCUCUGAACUCUACCUGGUUAUGGAGCUUGUCAAGGGAGGGGAUUUAUUCGAUGCCAUCACCUCCUCGGCCAAAUACACAGAGCGAGACGCCACUGUCAUGGUGUACAACCUCGCCGGAGCCCUGAAGUACCUGCACAGCAUCAACAUCGUCCACAGAGACAUUAAACCAGAGAACCUGCUGGUGUUUGAGUAUCCAGACGGCACCAAAUCAUUGAAACUCGGGGACUUUGGCCUGGCCACUGUGGUGGAAGGACCCUUGUACACCGUAUGUGGAACUCCGACAUAUGUUGCUCCAGAAAUCAUCUCAGAGUCUGGGUAUGGGCUGAAGGUGGAUAUCUGGGCUGCAGGUGUCAUCACCUACAUCCUCCUGUGUGGCUUCCCUCCCUUUAGAAGUGAGAGUAACAUGCAAGAGGAUCUGUUUGACCAGAUCCUUCUGGGGCGGCUGGACUUUCCCAGUCCCUACUGGGACAACAUCACUGAUUCAGCCAAGGAGCUGAUCGGAAAGAUGCUGCAGGUCAACGUCGAGGCUCGAUACACGGCACAGGACAUCCUCUCCCACCCCUGGGUCACGGACGACGCAGUCAUUGAGAACAACAUGAAGACGGAGGUCACAGGUAAACUGAAGACGCACUUUAACACUGCGCCUAAGCACAGCAACACCACGGCGGGGGUGUCAGUCAUCAUGAACACAGCUCUAGAUAAGGAGACCCUCCAGCUCCCCGCCCGUCGUUGUCCUGAGCCCCGCACAGCGCCGUGUCCGCCAUCGUCGGCUGCCAAGAAAGUCCCGUCUGCCCCUCCAGGCAAACCAGCUUCUCCAACCAAACCGGCGUCACGCAGCGAAGAACCAAAACCUGCCGCGCUGGCGUCACCCACCGAGGCCGCAAGGGCUGCUAUGCCUGGCGCCACACCCACCUCUAAUGCCCCCUGCUGUCAGUCCGCCACUGAUGGCGUUGGUUUGCCCGCCUCCGCCCCCGCCAGUUCGCUCCAGGUCUCCUCUGCUGAAACGCUCCCCAUCAGCCCUUCUGCCCCUCCCGAAGGAGGAGCAUCACACUCCUUAUCGCUAGAAACUCCCUCACCCCCCAGCCCUCCUGCUCGUUUCACCUGCACAACUCCCUCUACACCUGUCUCCUGUCCUCCCCCAUCAUCUCCCACCAAACCAGCUUCUCCUCCCUCAUCUCCCAUCAAGCCAGCUUCUCCUCCCUCAUCUCCCACCAAACCAGCUUCUCCCUCUUCCUCCUCUCCUACGAAAGAGCAAACAUCCCCAUCGUCCUCUUCCACAAAAGAAGCUCCCCCCUCCCCGGUCUCCCCCAUCCAGCCCGUUGUGUUCUUCCCCCUCUCUUCCCCAUCCAAACAAGAACCUUCCUCCCCUCCUCCCAUCCAUCCAACCCUGUUUCCCUCUCCUCCUUCUACACCUCCUAGAUCCACAACCCCGCCCUCUCCCAGCCCUCUCCCUGCCGAGGAGCUCAUGCAGAGGAUUUAAAAGGCAGGUCUCUUGUGUAGCUUCAUCCUCUCCCUCCUCCUCCUCACACAUACUGUACGUUUGAGCCAACACGGGACGAGGAGGCUAAAACUCCACCUCGAGCAUGUCCAGUAGCUGUAAGCUGAGCCAGUGGCCACGUGUCCAGAUCGUUCUCUCGCUCGUUCUCAGUGGACGCGAGGCAUUUUCUAAGAGUUUGUCGAUUGUAUAUAUGUUGGUAUUUAUUGAUGGAGGACGUGGAGCGAGAGAAUGAACCGAAUAUAUCACCGCUCUGAGUGGCUUGUCUUUGGAAGUCAUGCGUUCGUACAUCACGUCAAUGUGAAUUCUUUCUUUUAUUUAUUAUCCCAUUUUGACUGCCUGUGGCUCUUUUGUAAAUACUUAUUCAUCACACACACUCACACCAUCGUGAACUCCUAUUGCUUUAGCAGAGAGACAGUAUGUCCAUAUUACAAGUAUUCCAGUAUAUCUCAACGUCUGAACUUGCUAGCCUAGCUGCCUGUAGUUUAAACCAACUACUGUGUAACCACUACCAGUAUUCUGUCUGACCACAGCAACUGUACUGUUAAACUUAGGAUCCCUAUUAAGUGUGACUAUACACCAGUACAGUGGGUUGACAAAAUAAAGGCCGCGCCUACCGGGUGGCCAAUAAGGGGCCAGGAAAUGGAAACACAGUGAAAAGAGGAAACAGUCAGACGUGUUAAAGUUGACACAAAUGGCUCUUCAUGUUCAGUUUAAAGGGUAAGUUCAUCUAAAUGAGGAAAAAGUCUCCUUACACCUCAGAUUCAUCUUCCUGUCCAGACCUACAGGUUGCGAGCCGCUGCUGCAGUGUUACUGCGCUCAUGCAGAAAGCCUUUGUGUUAGUUUGUCGAGGUUUUCAGAUAGAAUUAACAUUUCUGUUGCCGUGGCGAUAGAAUGGAGGUGAAUGGAAUUCUGAUUGUUGUGCUCGUAUAUUUUAAUAAUCGCGCAGUCACAGGGGCACUUUUUCUGGAAAGAAAUGCAGCUGUUGAAUGUUAUUUUUUUUUAAAGCUAUUACCACAAGCAAAAUUCCAUCCACCUUCAUUGUGUCGGGCGAGAUGCAACUAAAAGUGAGACCAAAGUUUUAAAAAUUUGGCUGAACUGACCCUUUAACGCCUUGAAAUUCCCAAACCAGAUUAUUUUGUGGGCCCACUGUUACUGACACACAUGUCGAUGCAUUCACUCUCAUGCUGUUCGUAUUAUUUGAUGUGAACGUUGUAGUUGUUCAUAGCGUGAAGAACCUUAGCUGUCCACCUGAAACUUGAAGGCUUGUUUUUGCCUCCGUGUGACUGUUUGUACAUAAACGCAGAGAAAAUAGAUCCAACAGACGUGAAACCAGAUGGCAGGUUUGUUUCUAAAGCGCCAUUUUCAGAUCUGAGCUGCUUUCUGCUCCCGCCGCACACACAUCCACCAGUUGAUAUAAUUCUCAGCGACAACGCUGCGCCGCGGUUCGCACGACACCAGUCGACUCCGUUCCUUCGAGAUAUUCACACAAUGGGUUUUUUUGGUCUGUUGGAUUUAUAUGAAUGAAUGUGUUGUCAAGGAGACGGGUUUGUGCCUGACCACUAGCGAACAGCUCAUAGCUUAAUGAUGCCUUUAUCAAAACCAGCUUGGCUGAAAAAAAGGGAGUUGUGCGUUCUUAAAAUAAGUUAGAAGUGAUUUGUUUUUGUUUUGAACUCCGCAGCAUUUAUUCCCAGCUGGUGUUAGCAGGGCUAAACCCCCGUCAGUGGUUCAACAUGCCUCUUUACCUCUUCAGGACUCUCAGCUGCAUGCAUGCAUCCCCACUUCCCGCCUCCCUGUAAGACAAAACCCUCACACACACACACUGAGUCGAGUUGGUACAUGAUGCCGUUUAGCUUCCCCUUAUGUAUAUGUAGUAACGGUAGAUUUUCAUAAGCAGUUUGUAAAAGGGAAAUUUGUAUGAAAAGACAGUUUUAAAACAGGAAUCUCAUCUGUGUCAAACUGGAGUAACGGUUUUUAUUAGGCAUAGAGUGGCUGCUUUUAAUGUCCAACUGUUUGAAACAGCAGAACAGAAAAAAAUACAAAUGCAAUAAAGACUUCAAACGAC